GAGUACAUGCCAUAUUCGCCGUCACCUGUUGCAUUUGGGAGUGAGAUUAUCAUUGUAUAAAGACUGCGAGAUCCAGCGUGAUACUUGCACCACAUUACCGUACAUUACUUUCUCCAGACACGAAGCACUGGAAAAUCCUACCAAACACGAUCCAUCAUGGCCUCUACACCUUCCACGAGUGACCUGAGAAAAAGCAUCGAGACCACAGCACGAGCCUUCCUGUCAGCCUUCGAAGAAGGAGGAGCUCGCAACGACGCCUCCAUCAUCAACCGCGACGUUACAGCAGACUGCACCCGCCAUCUGAUUCCAGCAUCCAUACCUCAGGCGUUCGGUCUACCAACAGACUUCUCCUUCAACACGACAAGCUUUCAAGAGGCCUAUGCCAAGGACAUUAAAGUGCUGAGUUUCAAGAACAAUAUAAUGUCGAAUCUGGUAAUCGAUACUGAAGCCCGUCGGGCUGCAUUCACGUCUUGCGCUGAGGUGGAGCCUCAUGAGGGAGAGAAGUACACCGUCGAGCAGGCUUGGGUUCUGUACUUGACAGAGGAUGGAUCCAAGAUCAAGAAAGUGAUUGAGUUUUGCGACAAGGACGCGAUUUUGAGAAUGGCAAAUGCUAGUGCCUGAUCAUAGAUAGGAGGAUAUGGGUGGAUGUGGAGGCAGUAAUUAUACUCAAACGUCCUCUCCAAGCGGGUAGCCAAAAUGCAUCCUCUCGUCUGAAUUCUUGGCAAUGGUAU